AUUUAGUUUGCUUAAAGUGUUCAUGCCUAGUGCAUCAUCAUAAUCGACAACAUUGUAUUUAAAACAUAAUAACCUAAGUUUUUUUUUAAUGUUUACAAACUUUGUGUUUUUAUUGUACUCAUUUCGGGGAUAAAUUUAAUAAUCGGGAUAUUUCAGUGAAGUGAACAAUUUGCAAAGUAUUUCAUUGAAUUAUAAAUCAUAAGUGUGAGUUAAAUAUCAGUUCAUUGGUAUGAAAUUAUUAAGUGACGUAAACUUUAAAUUGAUUUUACUUUGAAGCUAAAAGUUAUGCUUUUCAAUACUCUGUGUACAAUAUUAUAAACCUAUGCACCGCUUCAGCGAUCUUGUGAAUCAUCGCAACGCAGUUUAACAGCAGCGCAAAAGGCCGGGCGCGACGAGGGAUUUUUACUUUCGAGUGUCUCACAACUUCUGCGAUACAUUAUACUAAACCAAACAAAUACACAUAACAUUAAAUUAAUAAUGAAUCCAAGGAGAAAAAUGGCCUGGAACGGGUUUCCAGUGUCAGUGGCAGUUCGAUUCAGUAUUGUACUUGCUGGAGUUUUACUAGCAACAGUUUGUUCCGCCGGUACUGUCACAAAUCGUCCUGCAGGAGCUGUACAAACAGGAAGCAUAUCACCAUCAAUUAUACAAGAUAAAGCAACAUCUCAACGAAGAAUUAUGCAUCCAGCAUUCGCUAACUCUGGCAAGGAAGCAGGACUGGAAAUUUGGAGAGUUGAGGAAUUUGAGCCUGUGCCUUAUCCUAAAAAUAAAUAUGGAAAAUUCUAUGAGGGUGAUUCUUAUAUUAUUCUCAAUACAAAACAAUCCAAGAGCAAAAGUCUCUCUUGGGAUGUUCACUUUUGGCUUGGUUCACAAACUUCUGCUGAUGAGGCAGGAGCUGCAGCCAUUCUAACAGUUCAACUCGAUGACAUUCUCAAUGGUGCCCCAGUUCAACAUCGUGAAGUUCAAGACCACGAAUCACAACUAUUUCUUAGUUAUUUUAAAGACGGUGUCCGUUAUGAACAAGGUGGCAUUGGUUCGGGCUUCAAAAAUGUACAAAUCAACGCAGAGGGUGAAAAACGACUAUUUCAAGUCAAAGGCAAGCGCAAUGUUCGUGUCCGUCAAGUGAAUCUUUCGGUGUCUUCAAUGAAUAAAGGAGAUUGCUUCAUACUUGAUGCUGGAAGUAAAAUUUUCGUCUAUGUCGGUAUGCAAGCAAAACGUGUCGAAAAACUCAAGGCUAUAAGUGCAGCUAAUCAAAUAAGGGAUCAAGAUCACAAUGGACGAGCUAAGGUUGAUAUUAUUGAUGAACACAGCAGUAACGCAGACAUAGAUGAAUUCUUUACUAUCCUUGGAUCAGGUUCACCUGAUGAUGUUCCAGAUGAAUCUAUUGCCGAAGAGGAUGGAGUGUUUGAAAGCUCUGAUGAGAAAUCGGUCACUUUGUACAAGGUUACCGAUGAUUCAGGUUCCGUUAAAAUUGAUUCAGUAGCAUCGAAACCUUUGAAACAAGAAUUGUUAGACACCCGUGACUGCUUUAUUUUGGACACAGGAUCUGGAAUUUAUGUUUGGGUUGGCAAGGAAGCUACACAGAAAGAAAAAACUGAAGCUAUGAAUAAAGCAACUGAGUUUUUGAAGUUGAAAAAGUAUCCAGCUUGGACUCAGGUUCACCGUAUAGUGCAGGGAGCUGAGUCAGCUCCUUUUAAGCAAUACUUUGCAACGUGGAAGGACACCGGAGCAACUCACACUCGUCUUAUUCGCUCUGCCAUGGGCUAUAGCUCCGACGAUUCUGAUGUUGAAUUUGAUGAUGCUUUAGUUGAAUCGUUGAAAAAGAGCGGUGGAAGAGCAUUAGGCUUCAUGCCAGACCAGGGCAAAGGAGAGAUUGUCAGACUCAUUCAGUUUGUUGAGGUCCCUGAUGAAGAUGAGGUUCGCCGUACAGAGGUUCCUUUGCCACUACCAGACCAACUUUUAUUAGGUUUUGCUUCUUACGCCAUACAAUAUGACUUUAUUCAGCCAGAUGGAAAUAAAUCUUCCGUCUUAUACGCCUGGAGAGGUACAAAAGCUGGUUCACCGUCGUUUGAUGAAGCAGUUAAAGUAUGCAUGCAAAUCGGUGAUGAUCUGGAUGCCGUUGUAGUCACAACUAUCCAAGGACACGAACCAAGACACUUUUUAAAAAUGUUCAAGGGCGAGUUAAUAACUUCCUACACUGGAGCACCAAGUGAGCCAAUUUUAUUCCGUGUCAGUGGAACGGAUGAAACAGAUGUGCGAGCCAAUGAAGUUGAGGCAGAUUCUUCCUCUCUAGCAUCCGAUGAUGUUUUCGCUCUGGUCAAAAUUGCUCAGAAAAAAGUUUACAUUUGGGUUGGAUUGGCUGCUUCAGAGUUCGAAAAGUCUAUGGCAGAGACCCGUAUUGGUAAGUUUUGGCCAUCAUUUGAGAACGAACUUGUUCAAGAAGGUGCUGAGCCAGAUGAUUUUUGGGAUGACUUAAAUGGCGAAGGUAUCUACGACCGUACCAUGGGUAAAAAUAGUUAUCCAAUUUUGGAACCUCGCCUAUUCCAUUGCAGAAUUUUGGUUAGUGGCAGAAUAAAGGUCGAAGAAGUUCCAGAUUUUCAACAGGAUGAUCUUGAUGUUGACGAUGUUAUGCUUUUGGAUGGUGGGGAUGAAAUUUAUGUCUGGAUCGGUUCAGGAACUACCGAAGAAGAGCGAAAUGGAGUUUUUGAUAUGGCUAGGAAAUAUAUCAAAACGGAACCCUCUUCAAGAACUAUUGAAACUGCAACUAUCAUUUUGAUUAAACAAGGAAUUGAACCAAAGUGCUUUAAGCGUAUGUUCCCUGAAUGGAAUGAUGAAGCUUGGAAGCUUAGACCCACCUAUGAUGAAGUUCUGAAGAAUUUUUUGGAGACAAAUAUCACCGCCGAAGAGAACAGUGCUUUGUAAAUUAAGUAAUUUAAAAAUAAGCGGUUUUGUUAAAUUUUAGCAAUAAGUUGAUUUGAAGAAUGAAAUGAGACGUAUUUAUAAAAAAUAAAUGUAAUAAACUUUAAAAAAAA